AUUUUGACAGUUUUGACUUACCGUCAACCGAGAUGUGAAAACACUCGCUUUUUAUAUUUGUAUUUGAACAAACAAAAUUUUACAUAAAUAAAUACACUUCAAGAAAAUGGAAACUAUAAACGGAGACUCCCAAGAAUCACAAGAAAAUGUUCGAGUAUUUAUUAGAAUUCGUCCACUUAGUAAAAAAGAAAUUGCUGAUGGAAACGAAAAUAUAGUAGUUUGUGAUCACAAAGAAAAUUUAAUUGCCUUGAAGAAGAAUGGCGAGCAUACUAAACCUUUCAAAUUUGACCACAUAUUUUCAACAAACACUGCUCAACUGGAAAUGUAUCGCAUGGUUGCUUUUCCUAUAGUUGAGAAAGCUCUAGAGGGUUAUAAUGGUACGAUAUUUGCUUACGGCCAAACAGGAACUGGUAAAACGUAUACUAUGGCUGGUAAUCACUUGGUGCCUGAAUUGAAAGGUAUCAUACCAAACACUUUCUCCCAUAUAUUCAGCCAAAUAUCACGAGCCAGUGGAGAGAAGUCCUUUGUGGUUAAAGUUACUUACUUAGAAAUUUACAAUGAAGAUGUUCGAGAUUUACUUUCUACAGACCCUAACAAAAAAUUGGCAAUAAGAGAGAGAAAAGAUAUUGGAGUUUAUGUAAAAGAUCUCAUGGGGUUUACGGUGGAUUCUAUAGAAUCUAUUACAGAUUUACUAAAUCGGGGUAACAAAAAUAGAGUAACAAAGUCAACGUUGAUGAAUGACAUCAGUAGUAGAUCUCAUGCCAUUUUCACUGUAACAAUUGAGUCCAAAAACAGAAUAGACAAUAAAACUACUGUUGGGAAACUAAACCUAGUUGAUUUAGCUGGUUCAGAAAGAGCGAGCCGAACUCAAGCAACUGGAGAACGCCUAAGAGAAGCCAGUAACAUCAAUUUGUCAUUGUCUGUUCUUGGCAAUGUUAUUUCAGCAUUGGUUGACGGUAAGAGUACUCACAUACCAUAUCGAAAUUCGAAGUUAACGAGACUUCUGCAAGAUUCACUGGGUGGCAAUUCAAAAACGGCAAUGAUUGCAAUGGUGAGUCCUGCAGAUAUAGACUAUGAGGAGAGCAUGUGUACUCUUCGAUAUGCUGCCAGAGUUAAGUACAUUAAGAACUGUGUUAAGAUUAAUGUUGAAGAAAAGGGUCUCAUAGAAGGAUUUGAGCUUGAAAUAGCUGAACUGCAGCAAAAGUUGUCAGAAUUGUCUGUAAUUGAACAACGAAGAGAACAGAAAAAGAAGGAAAGAGCUGUUAGUGCUGAAGAAAAAGAGAGGCUGAAACAAACUACACUGGAACUGGAGAAAACAGAGCGAAUAAAAGCAGAGCUAGAGGAAAAAAUGGCUCUUAUUCAAAAGAAAAUUCUAGUUGGUGGUGAAAAUCUGCUUGAAAAGGCUCAACAGCAAGUAUUUUGCUUGGAAUCAUCUGCAGCCGAAUUGGAAAGCCUGGAUAAGAGCCACCAACAGCUCGAGGAACAACUCAAUAAAAAGGCAGCGGAAAAAAUCGAUGUGGAGGAACAGUACUCCUCCCUUCAAGAGGAAGACGCAGGGCUCACAAAAAAAUUGAAGAAAAUUCAAGCCUUCAUCAAAGAGGCUAAGGAAGAGCACGCAGAUAAAGAACGAGAAUACCAGAGAGAUUUAGAGGCUCUUUUUGAUAACAAUAGGUUGCUUAUACGUGAAACUCAGCUGUCCAAUUUACUUCUGGAUAACUACAUUCCCCAAGAAUAUUUGAAAAAGAUUCAGUCUCAUAUGGUGUGGAACAAUGAAACUCAAGAAUUUCAAAUGAGGGGUGUUGCAUACACUGGAAAUAACAUGAGGAAGCAUCAAACAGCCACUGCUGAGGAAUUCGCACCUAUUACUUUUGAAAUGAAGCAAAGUUAUCACAAAUAUCCUGAGAAGAAAAGGGAAAAAUUGAAACGUUCCAUUCUAAAAUCCCUAUCAGCCGUACCAAAGACACGUUAGUAUUUUGAUUAUUUUUUUCACUUGCCUUAAUUAUUAUACAGUGCCUUCAUAAAAAAUGUAGCUGUAGCUGAUUUAUUUGGAUAUGAUUUGACUAGUAUUUUAUGAAAGCUCUGUGUAAUGUUGACGUUUUUUGCUAGUAUUAUUUUUCGUUACUUGGCUGUGUUUUUAAUAUUUAUAAUAAAUUGUUUGAUCUGUUCUGAACAGAUAGCUACUUAUGUAAAGGGAUUUCUAAGACUGUUCAAAAGAUAGAACAAAGUAUUGCAUCUGAUAAUAGUUAUUUUAACCAAAGAAUCGUGGCUCCUAGCGAAGUAAAAUAUCAGUUUUUGCUUGUUAAUGGAAGGUAAUGGUGCUCGCAAAAAUAGCUUCCUACUUUGAAAAAUUGCAAUCUGCUUAAUCUCGAUUUAUAAAAUGUAUUGCUUUUUGGUAAAUUUGACUUCGGCGAAAAUGUCAUGAAAACCUUAUGCAAAGAAAACGAUACUUCAGUUUGUAACAACUCAGUAACCCUAGUAAUGUUUGUUCUGUAAAGAACAUUUAUAAUUUUUAAAGAGUUUUGAAAAAAUACUGAUUUCACAAUUUUAUCUGGAGUAAAUUCUGAAAAGGCAAUAGAAAGGUUCUUUUUGAAGGAAUCUUUUUGUUGUUAGAAAAUUUUUCAUUCUGAAAUUACUUUAGAAACUUUUCAAAAUGACAGGGCGCAGGGUCUUUUUGGUUUAUCUAUGAACCAUGGAUAUUUAGCCAAUUUUAGUGAACUGUGAUAUUCAUCAAUAUUUGUAAAAACAUCGAGUUAACCAUUAUGUUGAUCGUAAGGGCCAGUAUGAUGACUUUGGAUUUCGAUAAAACAGGUAGAAUCCCUAAGAAUGUCGGUGUUUAAAAAUAAGUUACAUAAUGUACUGACAAAUAAGCCUGGCAGCAACGAGUUACCGCAUCUUGAAUACAGUGAUUUUUCAGACCAGUGAUGCUUUUAGUUAGUAUUAUUUUUAAUUAUUUUCUUAAUGUGUAUCAACUACUUUUGCAUAUUGUGAUGUUGAUAAAUUUUUGCUCUUGAACACUGUACGUGAUCUCCUAAGUUGGACUUCUCCAUUGAUGGUCCAAAAAGAAUAUUUAUUUUAGUUUUGAUACCAUUUCCAGUUAUAGUCUGAUUCAAUUUAAAUAGGCACCAUUGGUAAUAUUGUUGUUAUUGUAAAUACUGAUUAAGAUGUAAAAAAUGAAAGAGGAAAAAAUGAUUGAGGAAUGUCCUUUUUAAUGAAAAACUUUGUAUGCUAUAGUUUUUCUGGUAGAGCUUAACACAUUUACAAUAAUGUGUGACAGGUUAUGUUGAAUAAAAAAUAGUGGUAAAAAUGAAUUCCAUUCAUGAAACCACCAGCUAUUGUUAGGUAAGGUUAGGUCCAAAGUGAGUUGGUCUAUUUGACACUCAACCGCAACCCGCAAGGGUUUAUUGUGGCUC